AUUUUGGACGGGUGAAUUCGAGUCAGCAAAUCGUAAUUAAGCAAGAAUCACUUCAGAAAGGCGUAUGACUAUGUUAUCUGUUGCUCAAACGAAAGUGGCGUCUUUCUUUCGACUGUCAGCUGUGAUCAAGAACCAGUGCGAGAAAAAUGAGCAGUUAUCAUCCAAACGGCGACAACUGCGGCUGUCUCGUAUCAGCAGAGCCCAUCUAGCGGCCAAAUCGUUCCCUUAUGUCGGCGUUUGCUCGGAGCAUUUUGUUCUUGCUGUAGAGUUUUUGUCCGCGUACGGCGGCUACCUGCUGCUGGCGCUUGCGGCGGGCUAUGUGCUUCUCCUCUACCUGGGCAAGAGGAGGACCCGGUCCGGUCCCGGCGCGAGGGACCCCCUUCCCGCCGCGUUGCAAGAUGCCGAGGCGGUGGUGAGGAGGCAGGAGGCCAUGGAGGCGUCCCGAAGGAAGAUGCAGCAGGAGCAGGACGCCAAGGCGGCCAUCUUCAGGGAGAAGCAGAAGCAGCAAGAGGAGGAGAGGCGACGUCAGAGGAUUGAGGAGUGGGACAGCAUGCAGACGGGGAAGAGCUUCAAGGGAGCUGCCAGACGACUGCAGAGCAGCGACGACGACGCCGGCGCGUCCGGCAGAGCCGCGGGCCACAAGAAGCCGCUACGCAACUCUGAGUACUCGCCGCUGAGCGGCGACGGCGGCUCCUGCUCGUGGCGGCCCGCGAGGCGAGGCCCGUCUUCGGGCGGAUGAUCUUAAAGCGAGUCCCGGCUGACGCGUGGUCACGCGUCCCCGGACGGCACGUCUGCUACGCUAGGCUCGGCUCGGCUCGGCUACAGUGAAGCCCCCCCCCACCGCAAAUUCCAAUCGUAAUUGUAAUGACUGACAGAAAAGGGGGGGUGAGACCGCCAUCUGGUGGACGGAUGACGCAACACUGAAAGGCGUUUAGUGUUUGAUGAGCGAUUAAGGAUCAUUUUGAUAUCGUUUGAUCAAUGCCAGUAAAGGCACACAAGCGGACGGAGAACGACGACGGCGGCUCACGCAAACGCCUUUCUUUGUCAAUCGUUAAGGACCCAAGUGCACGGCGACCAAGACGGAAACUGGUCCGUCGGUCCCGCCUUGCUUGGGAGCCGUGGCCCAACGGCGAGCACGUGCAAGAGGUCGUAACGACACUUUUUGUUUCCCUCUCUCGCCUUGGUGUGGCUGCAAAAUCAAAAAGUGGUCGCGCUCCGUCUUGCGUCGGUGCUCUUUCCUGGAAAUAAUUAUGAAAGGCAGUGGGUCAGACCAAUUGAUUGCCAAAAGGAAAUUCGGUGGCAUUAUUGAUGAACCGGCUGUCGGUCGCUCCAUUUGGUCUCUGUGUGUACUGGUCAUUUUAUGAGCGUAUUUCUUGCCGCCUCUGGUCGCUCUCCGGCUGUCGGGAAACGGCUUUGACCCCGGAGAACCCGCGGGGUCCCGCACGAGCCGUCCCUGGAGAACCCGCGGGGUCCCGCACGAGCCGUCCCUGGAGAACCCGCGGGGUCCAGCACGAGCCGUCCCUGGAGAACCCGCGGGGUCCAGCACGGGCCGUCCCUGGAGAACCCGCGGGGUCCAGCACGGGCCGUCCCUGGAGAACCCGCGGGGUCCAGCACGAGCCGUCCCUGGAGAACCCGCGGGGUCCCGUAUGAUCCUCCCACUGUCAUGAAGGGAUUUUUAUUUUCGCGGCUUUUUGGUUGAUUUUAGUUGGUACGUCACAUUUUAAAAUAGGAUUUGGAUGUCUUGGGUUCUCUCGGGUUAAGGAAAAGUUGGGGGCGGGGGGAACUCAGUUCAUUCUCAACUUGAGGUUUGCUGCACGACGGUCCGACAAGGACAGAAUUGACAACGUUGGCCCCUCACGGUUGUGAGGACCGAGGUUCGAAUCCCAGCCCCCGCCCCAGCAGAGUUUGCCUUUUUUCUCCGCCAACUACGCCUUCGUCCCACACCCCGAAAAUAUGCAUUCAUUGGAGACUCAAAAUCGCCCUUAGAUGCGAUUGAGAGUGCGGCGGACUGGCGAGCGGUCGAGUGCGCGCCGGCGACUUUGGUGAGGAUAAGCGGCUCGGAUAACGGACGGAUGGAAACGAGCGGCGCCGGUUCCACGUGGACGCUCUCUUGCGGUAGUGCCAGGCCACCUCGUGGUACUACGCGACUCGAAAGCGAGGCGCGGCCUGAAGACGGAAAAACCUCCCUCGGGGCUUCACUGUAGCGCGUCGGGCCGAGCGUGCGGCGCGUGCCGCCGGCGCUCCCGCGAGCUGGGGAUGACGUCGCGCUCGGAAAUGGUCGCCGACCAGCGAGUGUGACUGAUGAACGCCAGCGUACGACCCCCCCCCCCCCCCCCCCAUUAUCAGGCAUUUCAUCCCACCUCACAUUGGAUUUUCUUCCCGCAAAUUGUACGACACCUUUGUUGACAAUCUGCGAGGAUGAAGAACGAGAAAUUGUCGCCGUCUUUCGGCCGAACAUUUCUUGCCGCGGUGAAACGGGCUCAUUGUCGGCGAGGAUGGCUCUCGUCCAGCGCGCCGAUGCCGCUCUGCGCUGUGGCCGCAGCUCUGCUUACCUUUUGACUUUGACUUUGCAAUCGCCGUCAAAUGUCGCUUUGCUCCGGAACUCGGGAGUCGUGUUUUGGGCCGGGCCGGUAUGGCGAAGGCCUCGCCCGCCGACCCGUUUUUCAGACUCUCGCGUUUCAUUUCACCUUCAAGACGUGAGUGGAAAAGACCUUUUUUUUUUUUUUUUUUUUUUUUUU